AUGGCGCGAGACGAGCCUGAUUCUGGUGUCUGUGUCGUUGACGGCCGUGAAUACGUCGAGCAACCUCCUCCCGAGAACUCUUCCGCUUGGGGAAAAACAGUACUUAAUAAGUUCCGUGAUCUCAAUCCGGGUGAAUAUCCUCCAAAUUUCAAUUGCGGGUGGGCUUACGAAACUGUCGUUACUGAUCCCUCACGACACCUGCCCUGGCUCCGGGGAAAGAUUAUAUCCCUCGGGGGCCAGUUCGUUCGCAAACGAGUUGAGUCUUUGGAGGAAUUAUACGCCAUGUUUCCCGAAUCGAGGAUCUUCAUUAAUGCGAGCGGUAUUGGAAGCAAGUAUCUUACGGACGUGCGUGAUGACAGAUGCUUUCCUGAACGGGGCCAGAAUGUGUUCUUCCGUACAAGCAACUGCCGAACUCUCUACUUUCGAAAUGGCAAGGAGUACACAUAUAUUAUUCCUCGACCAUUAUCCCAAGGCGUGAUCCUGGGAGGGGUCAAGCAAAGAGACACUCUGUCACCAGAAGUAGACAUGGAGAUUGCAAAGGACGAAAUUGCCCGGGCGCAUCGCCUUGCCCCGGAGAUCGUACCCGCAGAUCCGCCGGAAGAGUCCCUCAGUUAUAUCAUUGGAAUUCGUCCUUCGCGAGAAGGAGGUUUUCGACUGGACUCUGAGAAAAUCGGGGACCGCACCGUUUUGUCAGCAUAUGGGUUUGGGGGUGGAGGAUACGCCUUCUCAUACGGGAUUGCUGACGCCUUGGUGAGGAUGGUAGAAAAGGCAGAAAGAGACCACAUUAUUUGGUGA